CUGUCAGAUCAACAGGUGAAUGUCCCAGAUUCCUUCCAGUUUCCAUUUGAACCAUAUACCAUCCAGCUCGCCUUCAUGAAGGAGUUGUACACAACUCUGGAGCUUGGCAAGAUAGGGAUAUUUGAGAGCCCCACUGGCACGGGUAAAUCUUUGAGUUUGAUCUGUGGUGCACUUACUUGGCUGAGAGACUUUGAGGAGAAGCAGCGCAGAGAGCUGGAGGUCCUGUUAGCAGAGGAAGAGGAAGAAAAGAAUGCUGAACAGUCUGGAAACAAACAGAUCUCAAAAGAUUCAGAGCUAGACUGGAUAACAGCUUUUGCCAAGAAACAAGAAGAGGAUGAGUCAAAAAAGAAAGUGAAGGAAGAGAGAGAGAAGAGACUGAAACGUGAAGCCAAGCUUGAAGAAAUCAGGAAUAAUGUAAGGAGGACACAGUCAAACAAGCGGAAAAGAGACCUGCUAGAGGAGAAAUUUGACUAUUUAUUCCAAGGUGCCUCUGAUGACCUGAGGGAGCAGUUCCAGAAGGAAAUGAACUCGGAGAAAACAGGCACCAGCACAGAAGAGGAGGAUGAGGAAGAGGAUGAGAAGAUAGUAGUGAGUGAGUACCACAGUGACGAGGAGGCAGGAAGAGGAGAUGAGGAUACAGAGGAGGAGGAGGAUAAAGAUGAGGAUGAGCAUGUGACAAAAAUUUACUUUUGCAGCAGAACCCACUCCCAGCUGUCACAGUUUCUACAUGAGGUUCAGAAGAGUCCAUUCCAGAGUGACAUUAGGGCAGUGGCUCUGGGCUCUAGACAAAAUUUGUGCAUCAAUAAAGUGGUGAGAAAACUCCACUCCCUCAGCUUGAUGAAUGAUCGCUGUUUGGAGAUGCAGAAAAAUAAGAAAGAACCACGUGCAAAAGAUGGAGAGGCUAAACCAAAAAGGAAAAAGAAUUUAUCUGGUAGUUGCCCAUUCUACAAACAGGAAAAUAUGCUGGACUUGAGAGACAAGACUUUGUCAGAAGUACAGGAUAUAGAAGAGCUGGUGAGUGCUGGGAAGCAGCUGAAGGCGUGUCCUUACUAUGGAACUAGAUAUGCCAUUCCAGCAGCACAGCUUGUAGUUUUGCCCUACAAUACACUCCUUCACAAGUCUACCAGGGAGGCGUGUGGAAUCAAGCUGACAGGGAAUAUUGUCAUCAUAGAUGAAGCCCACAACUUGUUGGAGACUAUCAACAAUGUGUACAGCACAGAGGUCACAGGGUCACAGUUAACCCGUGCCCACUCCCAGCUGUGCCAGUACCAGUCUCGUUACCAAUCCCGUCUCAAGGCUAAGAACCUUAUGUACAUCAAACAGAUCCUGCACAUACUGUCAGCUUGUAUUAAAUACCUGGGAGGUAAGACAGGGUGAAUAAGCCAGCACUCCAGACUUAUGGAUACCAAGCUACAGAGUAUAAAUGACUUCUUGUUCAGUUCCAAGCUGGACAACCUCAACCUCUUCAAAGUGCUCAAAUACUGUGAGAAAAGCCAGAUAUCAAAAAAGUUGCAUGGGUUUGUGGAAAAGUACCAACCAGUUUUUGUCAAACCAGUUGAAGAAAAACCUAAAGAAUCUUCCUUGACCAAAUUUUUGAAGGAAAUCCAAACCAAAAGUGCAAGCAGAGAAACACCAGUAGAAGAAAGCUCUAGUGGUCCAGACCACCCCCCACAGUCCCCUGCCACUCUGACAUCCCCCCUGAUGCACAUCGAGGGGUUUCUGGCUGCACUGACCACAGCAGACAAGGACGGGAGGAUUGUUGUUAACAGGCAGAGUGUAUUGAGUCAGUCCAGUUUGAAAUUCCUCCUGCUCAACCCAGCUGUCCAUUUCUCCAGUGUGGUCAGUGAGGCCAGGGCAGUCAUAGUGGCUGGAGGAACCAUGAAACCAAUCUCAGAGUUUGAAGACCAGCUGUUCAGGGCAGCAGGUGCCCCUGCAGAUAGGAUUCACAGUUUCUCUUGUGGUCACAUCGUCCCAUCUGACCAAUUACUGCCCAUAGCCUUGGCCCAAGGACCCUCUGGACACAAACUGGAUUUUACAUACCAGAGCAGGGACCAGCCUAAAAUGGCCGAUUUCCAGGAUUUAGUGCUCCGGGUGAUGCCGUGUUGCCAGUGGUCGCCAUGUUGUAAGAAAAAGUACAAGCUGGGAUACAUGAUGCAAGCAAGCAUGAAAUUCACUGACAAAUUUAGCCGACAAAUGAGCAAGGAAAGUCGGAAAAACAGUUGCCAAUCCCUGAGCCAGGACUCAACAAAAGAAAGUAUGUUACGGGCCCAGAAGGCCUCUUUAUCCUCCUCGUCGUCAUCGCGCAGGUCCCAGUCAUCCUCUUACAAACAAAAUGGCUACAAUGCGCGCAGAGAUAAAGAAAGCGAACCAGACGUUAUAGUCAAGCUGCUACCAUCUAAUGGACGAGUCAGUGAGCAGGCAGUAUGA